AAACCCUAGUCUCGCCCGUAUCCUUCAUAUACAAAAUCAAUAAAAAUAAGAUCUCUUCUUCAAAACCCUAAUUCCCUUCAACUCCACAGCCCCAGACGCCGGUUCCGGCUCCCUCACCCCCGUCGUCCGUCACCCCGCCGCCGUCCCCUGCUCCCAUCUAAUUGAUUUAGGGUUGAAGAAAACGCAACUGCCUCUCUUCGUCUCUGGUAGUUCACUAAGGGUUUAUCGGUUUUAAGUCAUUUACAGCGAAAGUAUGGCUUCAGUUACUUUGAAAAAGAACUACCGCUGUGUUCAGUCCUUGCAACAGUUUUACUCAGGCGGACCGUACGCAGUUUCUUCAGAUGGAUCAUUCAUUGCUUGUGCCUGCAAUGACACCAUCACCAUAGUUGAUUCUUCAAAUGCUUCCAUUAAAUCCACUAUUGAAGGAGAUUCGGAGUCUGUUACAGCUAUUGCUCUUAGCCACGAUGACAAAUUCCUCUUUAGCGCCAGUCACAGCCGUCAAAUUAGUAUGUGGGAUCUUUCUUCACUUAAAUGCUUGCAUUCUUGGAAGGGUGGUCAUCAGGGUCCAAUAAUGGCGAUGACAUGUCACGCUUACGGUGAAAGUGAAUUGCUGGCAACUGCUGGAGCAGAUGGCAAAGUAAAUGUAUGGGAUGUUGAAGGGCAUUUCUGUACACAUUCCUUUAAGGGUCAUAAAGGGGUUGUGACGAGUGUUAUUUUUCAUCCUGACCCAACUCGUUGGCUGCUUUAUUCUGGAUCUGAUGAUACAACUGUACGCGUUUGGGAUCUAAUAAGCAAGAAAUGUGUUGCAACCUUAGAAAGACAUCGUUCAUCUGUGACAACCGUUGCAAUAACAGAAGAUGGAGGGACCUUGUUGAGUGGUGGCAGAGAUCAGGUUGUAAACAUGUGGAACCUUCAUGACUACAGCUGCACAAAGAGUAUACCUACCAAUGAAGCAAUUGAAGCCGUAUGUGUUAUUGGCACCACAACUUCUUUUGCUUUGUGUCUGCAGAGCAAGAAAACCGGGGACAAGUCAGCCGUUCAAUUUCUCACUGUUGGCGAACAUGGAAUUGUACGAAUAUGGAAUUCCCAUGGUGCGGUCUGCUUAUUUCAGCAAGCAUCUUCAGAUGUUACAGUAAGCAAAGACGACGAAGAGGAAGCUAAAAGAGGUUUCACAUCAGCGGUGAUGUUGCCAUCUGGUCAAGGGUUGCUAUGUGUCACUGCUGACCAAGAAUUUCUUUUUUAUUCUCCAAUCGAAUCGCAAGAAGGACGUUUUCAGUUGAAUCUUAACAAAAGACUUGUAGGAUACAAUGAGGAGAUAGUGGAUAUGAAGUUCGUGGGUGUUGAAGAACAGUUUCUUGCUGUCGCUACAAGUGUUGAACAGGUGCGAGUGUAUGAUCUUGGCUCGAUGUCAUGUUCGUACGUUUUGGCAGGCCACACCGACAUUGUAUUAUGUUUAGAUACGUGUACAACAAGCUCUGGAAGAACAUUAAUUGUUACGGGGAGCAAAGAUAACACUGUAAGAUUAUGGGAUUCUGACAGUCGAUGUUGCAUCGGGGUUGGAAAAGGUCACAUGGGCGGGAUUGGAGCAGUUUCCUUUGCAAAGAAAUUACAUAAUUUUUUUGUUAGUGGUAGCAGUGAUCUCACUCUGAAGUUAUGGAGUUUAGAUGACCUAUCCGAUGAUGUGAACGAUGCAUUUACUUUGAAAACUAAAGCAGCCACUGCAGCCCAUGAUAAGGACAUUAAUGCUCUUGCUGUUGCACCGAAUGACAGUCUUAUUUGUAGUGGGUCCCAGGAUCGUACCGCUCGUAUCUGGAAACUUCCAGAUUUAACACCUGGUGUUGUACUCAGAGGCCACAAAAGAGGAAUCUGGUCUGUAGAGUUUUCACCAGUCGAUCAGUGUGUAAUAACUGCCUCUGGAGACAAGACUAUAAAGAUCUGGGCCAUAUCAGACGGUUCUUGUUUAAAAACAUUUGAAGGUCACACAUCCAGUGUUUUUAAAGUUCAAUUUCUCACUCGCGGUGCUCAGUUUGUUUCUUGUGGUGCCGACGGUUUGCUAAAGCUCUGGACCGUUAAGACAAACGAAUGUGUUGCAACUUAUGAUCAACACGAGGACAAGGUGUGGGCCCUUUCUGUGGGGAAGAAAACCGAAAUGUUGGCGACAGGUGGCAGUGAUGCUGUGAUAAACCUUUGGCAUGAUUCUACUGCUGCAGAUAAAGAGGAUGCAUUCCGGAAAGAGGAGGAAAGUGUAUUAAAAGGCCAAGAGCUGGAAAAUGCUGUAUUAGAUGCCAAUUACACCAAAGCAAUACAUCUUGCAUUCGAGCUUCGUAGACCGCACAAACUGUUCGAGUUAUUCGGUGCACUUUGCAGGAGUGAAGAUGCUAAAAAUCAAGUGAAAUCGGCUCUUGGUGUUCUUAGCACGGACGAAUAUCGUUUAUUAUUAGAGUAUGUACGGGAAUGGAACACGAAACCGAAGCUUUGCCACGUUGCCCAAUUUGUGCUUUUUCAGGUUUUCAGUAUCCUUUCACCAACAGAGAUAGUUGAGAUGAAAGGUGUUGGAGAGCUUCUAGAAGGACUGAUACCGUAUUCUCAGAGGCAUUACAGCAGGAUAGACAGAUUGGAACGGAGCACGUUCCUGUUGGAUUACACACUUAAUGGGAUGUCGAUUGUUGAACCAGAAACAGAAACAGAACCAGAAACGGGUGUUGUAGAUGACCCGAAGGACGAGUCUUUAAUGGAGGUUGUGGGUCAAGGGCAAGAACCGGCUGGUGAAGAAGAUGGUUUGAAGAAACGUUCUUCGAAGAAAAGGAAAUCCCAUAAAUUGAAUGGUGGAAAUAAGAAAAUUAAGGGAUAGUUUCCCAGAAAAUGAAAUUUGAUAUUUUGUUGUUUUAACUUGGUGUUCUGGAAUUUUGUUAGAGCUCCAGAAAGAAACGAAAAUAUAUUUGAGUAGGUGUUGUGACAUGUGGUUUCAGAAGGUAAUUAGUUUUAAUCUCUGGUUGUUUUGUGUUUUA